AUGAACGACAAGGCUGGCAACUGUCAUAGUGGAUCACAAGCUUGUGCCGCGUGUAGAUACCAACGUAGAAAAUGUGCUAAAGAUUGCCCUCUAGCCCCAUUUUUCCCUCCUCAUCGUCAAAAAGACUUUCUGAAUGCCCACAAACUCUUUGGCGUCAGUAACAUUGUCAAAACCAUACGGGACUUGAACUCUGACCAAAAAAAGAUAGCCAUGCACUCAAUUGUCUUUGAAGCUAAUGCUCGUGCAAAUGACCCUGUUUAUGGAUGCUGCCCUAUUAUUUGGGAGCUUCAGCGCCAGUGCAUGUAUUUCAAGACCGAGUACGAUCUCGUGCUUAAACAACUCUCCAUUUUGCAUGCCCAAAUGGCGGAUCCUUCAACUUUUACUAGCAAUAUUGAUGUGAAUACGUCCCACGUAUCUUAUUCUCAACUACAACACGCAGAAGAACACCAUGGUAAGCAACAACCAUCUGCGGCAGAUGUGUCUGAGGCGGUUGGUUUUGUUGCCAAUGAUUCAACUCAUGGUAAACAACCAUUGGAAGAUGUGUCAGAGGAUAUCAAACCACUUCUGAUAUUCGAUGAUAUCAAUGAUUCAACUCAAUGCAGGUAA